CAAUAUAUUAUUUAAUUUCAGCCUAUAUAUAUCUUCUUUAAUUUGUCUUAAAAAAGCACAAAAUGCCGAAUAAAAAAGGGUCCGAAAAUAAAAAGAAAAAGGCGGUUUAUCCGCCAGCGUACUCGCCAGGCAAGAGUAGCACUCUAAAAGAGGUCGAAUCAGAGUACAUCAAAAAUCUGCAACAACAAAUCUACUUCCUUGAGUUAGAAACGACAUAUCUACGAGAUCAAGCGAAAAAAGCGACCGAUAUUCAACCAAAAUUAGUCAAAGAAGCUGAUCAAAUGAUGACUCAGCUCAAGGAACGACACAGCGAAACGAAUGAUCUCAAAAUCGAAGUUUCAAGAAAGGACGCUUCAAUCUCAAUGCUCACAAAUGAAAAGAAUCGUCUUGAUCAAGAACUCCGAGCGAAAGUAACAACGUUUGACGUUGAUAGAGGAAUGCUCCGAGAAGAAAUUAUCCAACUCAAAAAGCUUAAAGACGUUGCUGAUCGAGAUAUAGCUCGAAAAGAUUCUGAAAUUGUAAAUUUACGACAAGAAUUAGACCGCACGAAUUCAGAUUUACGACACACUCAACACAACUUAGCUCUCGUACAAUCUCAACUUGAUCAAAGAAUCACUCAACACACUGAAACCGCUUUACUUCUCGAAGGGAAACGAGAGGAAAAUCUACGCUUACAAUCUGACAUGCAUGCAAGCGAAGAGCGACAUUUCCAACAAACGGCUACAAUGCAAGAACAAAUCACUCGCGACCUGCAGACAGAAAUUCGAGGGCUUAGGCAACAAGUACGAGAAAAAGAGCUCGCAUUUUCCCAAGAAAGAAUUCUAAAAGACAAACUACUCGGAGAUGUCUCGAAAUUGACUCAAGAAAACACGGCAGUUCAAAGUCAAAUUUUGGAGUUGUCGAAACAACUGGACCGUGAAAGAAUCCUUCGCGGAGAAAGAGAAACAAGAGCUAUGUCACAUACAUCUCAAAUUGCGUAUCUGAAAGGUCAAGAUGAGGUCAAAUCGCUAGAGUCGAGAAAACUACUCGAUAUGAUUGAGAUUCAGAAACAGCGAUGUCGAGAGUUAGAAAACCAAAUUCUGAAAAUGCAAGAUAACAUGUCACACACCAACUUUCAAGGAGAGACAGUUCGUUCACGCUUGACUGAACUGGAGUCACGGUUCGCUAGAGUCGACACUGAAAAUACACAACUUCGUCAUGACAAGCAGUUACUUGUGGAACAUGUUGCGAAUAUACAGCGUUCUCUAGAUCAAAAAGAAUCGGAAGUUCAGCGUUUACAAACCCAUGUUCACACCCUACAAACCGAUGUAUCCAGAGCGCACACUGAACUAGAUAUGACAAGAUCUCUCCAGUCGAUGAAAUGAUUUAAUUUUAGAAAUAGAAGGACAUCUAGUGGAUGAUAAUAUUCUUAUAUUCAAAAAAAAUGUACACAAAAUGGCCGACGGUUGGAAACAAGACUAUUAGUGACAAGUACAAGUGUAAUAAUAUUGUUACUUAUAAUAGGAAAUCACCCAACUAAUAUUUUGUUUUUUCAUGAGAUAUUUUACAUCAGCAGUUCCCCAAAUUGCUUUGGACAUCACUAUUUCCCACUGUAUUUUUAUUAAAAUCAAUGAGUAAUAUUCUCAAAUCUAAUUACUCCUACAAAAUUUUUUAAUUCUAUUUCUUGCUUUUAUAGAUAUAAUCAAUUGUUCAUUUGUGCCUUGUUUCUUUUUCAAUCUACUUUUUUGAACAAAAUUAGUUUUAGGUUUUUUUUUGUAUAAAUUGUCUUGGACAUAAAUAUUAUUCACUGUAUUUAUUUUUCAAAUCGAUGAGUAAUAUUCUCAAAUUGAAUUGUUCCAACAGAAUAUUCAGACCUCUUUAUUUAUUUUUAAUUGUAUUUCUUGCUUGUAUGUGUACCAAUAUGGAGGUAACUAGUUUUGUUCGCCUACUUUACAUCAAGUUGUGUAAAGGGACAAAAGCCUAUGGGCA